AUGGAGCGGGUGUUGGCGGACGCGCUUCUGGCGCAGAGCCGGGAGCCCUGCGCGCUGCUGGGGGCACUGUGCGGCGGGGAGGCGAGUGCGGAGCGGGCGGAGACUCUGCGCCUGGUGCUGCAACGGCUGGAGGAGCGCGGCGCGGGCGCCGGCGGGCUGGCCGAGGCGGCGCACGAGGUGGCCAGGGGCCACCUGGUGCCCUGGCUGCACGCGUCCCCCCGUGGAGGGCCCGCGGGGCCGCGCGUGCUCCGGGCGGCUAGCGCGGCGCUGCGGUCGUGCGCGCGCCUGGCAGGGCCCGAACUGGCAGUGGCGCUGGCCGAGGAGGCGCUGCGCGAGCUUCCGAACGUGCCGGCCGUGGAGCUUCUGGCCGCCGUGGCGCCGUGUCUGCGCGCCCUCGAUGAUGCCCCGCUGCUGCGUCGCCUGGCGCGCGCGUCCGUGGAGCUGGCGCUGGCCGGGGACGCGCCGCCGGCGGUGGGCGCGCGCCUGCUGCCCGCGCUGGCACAGAGUGCAGAACCGGCGUUGCGCGCGGCUUGGGACGCGCUGGCUUCCCCGGGACCCGGAGCUGAGGGCCGCACUGGGCCAGAGCUGCUGGUGCUGAGCGCGCUGGCCGAGAAACUACUGUCGGCUCGUGCGCGCCAUGAGGACCUCGACGCGCGCCUCCGCGGCCGCUUCUGGAGAACCGUGCAGGCUGGACUGGGCUGCACACAGGACGCGCUCACGCGCAAGCGCGCGCGCUACCUGCUGCAGAGGGCUGUGCAGGUGUCUGCAGAGCUGGCGAUGGACUGUACCUGCGGUCCCCAGGACACAAUGGGUCCAAGCCUAUUCUGGUGGUCUGAGAAGAAAAAAGACGAGCUUCUAAAGUUCUGGGAAAACUAUAUCUUGAUCAUGGAAGUCCUAGAAGGAAAUCAGAUACAUGUCAUAAAGCCAGUCUUACCCAAGCUAAACAGUCUGUUUGAAUACGCAGUAUCAGAGGAAAAUGGCUGCUGGCUCGUUCAUCCCUCCUGGCUCGUGUGCAUUUAUACAAGAAUGUUUGAAAGCGAGAAUAAAAUCCUGACCAAAGAAGGUGUGAUCCACUUCUUGGAGCUGUAUGCCGUGAGAUCGCCUCCGUAUUCACCGGAACUCUCCGAGUUUAUCACUGGCCCGCUGAUGGAUGCCCUCUCAGAGAGCUGUCUGUACAGCAGAUCCCCAGGGCAACUGUCGGGAAGUGGCUCUCCCCUGGGAUUAAAGCUGCAGACGUUUCUGGUCGCUUACGUUUCUCUUCUUCCAGAAGAAGCAAAGAGUCGUUUCCUGUUGAAGUUCAUCCAGAGGAUGGCAGAUAGACACUGGUGUGCGGUGCCAGUGUUGUUCCUCUCCAGGGCUUUGGCAGGUGUGCCCAGAUGUAAGGCCCUGGGUGGAGAAGGGCUUCUAGCCCUCAGGGACAUUCUCCAGCGCACCAUGAUCACACACCAGGUCCUCCUGAGGGGGGCAGCACAGUGCUAUCUUCUGCAGACAGCCAUGCGUCUGGUGGACGUGGAGAAAGUGUCUCUUUCUGAUGUCUCCGCCUUUCUGGUGUCUCUGAGGCAAGAGGAGUCCUUGGCACGAGGGACUGGAUUGUGGACAGAGCUCUGUGACUGGCUGCGCAUCAAUGAAAAAUACUUCAGACAGUCCUCGAUUGGUGGCUCUGAUGGACACGAGACAUCGCUAAAUGCUUACGUGAAAAUCCUAGUUCAGGAGUUCGUGAAGUCUCCUGGUUGGGAAACAGGAGAAAGCGGCUUCAUGCCAGACUGGUUUGAAGCCAGGCUGACCUCUCUGAUGGUUCUGCUGGCUGUGGACGUGGAAGAAAUGAAGACCCAAUUCAGGGAAAAGCAGAGGACUCAGAAUGUGCUGCGGAUCUUCUUAGACCCCCUGCUGGAUGCUCUGGGGAAGCUGGGCACCAACGCCUACAUGCCCUUGCUGAGGAAUGACAGGUGCCUCCAGCUGCUGGUGAGGUUGCUGCGUUCUUCUGUGCCAAGAGGUUCCAGUGGCCAGGAUGAUGAGGUGUCCACCGUCCUCCAGACCUCCAUCCUGUCUACUACCGAGAGCGUGGCUCAGUUUGUGCUCAGGAGACUCACCGUGAACGAGCUACAGAGUGUGGCAGAUCUGGACCGCUGCCAGUUAUACCUGACGGUGUUGGCUGAGCUUACGAGUCUCCAGGUGAAGCUGGGCUGGAAAGCAGGCAACCCCAUCACCCGAAUCAUCUCUCCUUUGAAAAACGCAUGCAUUCACCAUCUGCAGGGGGCUGAGGACAAACAGGAACCAACCCUGGGCCGUCAGGUGCAGAGAGCGGUCAGCAUGGCUACCCUGGCAGCUCUGUGUGAGGCUGUGGACCGGCACCCAGUGCUGCAGCUGGAGUCUCCUGAUGCUGAGCCCAUGGACAGGUUCCUGUCAGCUCUUCCACUCAAUCAGAUGCUGAAGAAGCCCCACUCAGAGGAGCAGAACAGCUGUGUGCAUCCCUUGGAGAACGGCAGUGCUUUUGAAGAAUCACCAUCUUCUCAAGGAUGGGGGAAAACAGUGGCCCAGUAUCUGCACGAUCAGUGGGUCUGCCUCUGCUGGCUGCUGAGGAAACACCGCCUCCUUAUCCCAGCCACGGAAAGUGACACGCUGGAGUGCCGUCUCCCUGCUGUCCAGAUGCCUGUGCAGACCCUGCGGUCGGCCCUGGAUGUCCUCACCGUGCUCCCUGCCGGCCACAUCUUACCUGUGUUCCACUGCAUGGAGAUGCUGGUUCCCAAGCUCCUGACUUCCGACGAGUCGCUCUGCAUAGAAUCUUUUGACCUGGCCUGGAAAACGAUAUCUUCCCUGAGCAACACCCAGCUGACGUUCUGGCCUAACUUAAAAGCUUUCGUCCACUUUGUUUUCGAUAAUGAAAUUCUUACCGUUGCUGCAGAACUCAAGGGCCAGGCAUACUUCAGGAUCAAGGAGAUUAUGUGCAAGAUUAUCGAAAUGUCCUCCAUGAAAACAGGGGCCUUCAACAUUCUGAUCCGUCAUUGCUGCCAGUCUUGGGUAGCAGCUUCUUCUGGGGUGUCCCAGGGCUCACUCUCCAGUGCUAAGGAUUACAGUGAACUUGUCCUGGAGGCUUGUGUGUUUGGAACAGUGUUUAGGCGCGAUCAGAGACUUAUUCAGGAUGUCCAAACCUUCAUAGAAAACCUUGGACCCGACUGUGCGGCAAACAUCAUCAUAGAGGAUACUAAGAGAGAAGAUUAUUAUGUGCGAAUCUGUGCUGUCAAGUUUUUGUGUCUGCUAGAUGGCUCCGACGUGUCCCACAAGUUGUUUAUAGAAGAUCUUGCCAUCAGACUCCUGGAUAAGGAUGAGUCCGCAUCCAAAUCCAGAGCUCGCUACCAUGAGAACUCCCUCCAGCACCGGGUGAAGAACCGGGUGUGGCAGACGCUGCUUGUCCUGUUCCCCAGAUUUGAUCAGAACUUCUUGAAUGGAAUUAUUGAUAAGAUUUUCCAUGCUGGCUUCACCAACAAUCAAGCAUCUAUAAAAUAUUUUAUUGAGUGGAUUAUUAUAUUGAUUCUUCAUAAAUUCCCUCAGUUUCUUCCAAAGUUCUGGGACUGUUUUUCUUAUGGUGAAGAAAAACUUAAAACAAGCAUUUGUACAUUUUUAUCUGUUUUAUCACAUUUGGACAUCAUCAUUCAGAAUAUUCCGGAAAAGAAGCUGGUUCUGAAGCAGGCCCUCACCGUUGCCCUGCAGUGGUGUCUGAGCCACAACUUCAGCGUCCGACUCUACGCUCUGGUGGCCCUCAAGAAGGCCUGGCACCUGUGUAAAGCCCUGCAGUUCCAAGAGUGUGAUGCCUGGACCACAGUCAUUGAGUGCAGCCUCAGCCAGGCGGAAAGCAUGCACGGAGCAGGGAAUGCCAGGAAGAACUGGCAGCGCAUCCAGGACCAUUUCUUCUUCUCCACGUUCCACCCCCUGAAGGACUACUGUCUGGAGACCAUAUUUUACACCCUCCCACGGCUCUCGGGUGUCACUGAAGAGGAGUGGAUUGCCCUGGAUAAAUUUGCCAGCUUCACAGACAUCCCUUCCAAUGAAGGGUCCCCAUGGUACAGAUCUGAAACCGCACUGAGUGAGCUGAGUCCCGGAGACUGGUCCCAGCAGGACGGAGGGUCUAUCUUGGGUGAAGCAGACAGCCAAUCAGAGUGGGCAGAUGUCCAGAAGAAGAUCAUCCCGUGGGGACACAAGGCUCUGGAGUCAGACCUUGAGCUUCUGUUUCAGGAUCGGGCCGCCAAGCUCGGCAAGUCCAUCAGCAGACUCAUCGUUGUGGCCUCGCUCAUCGACAAGCCAACCAACUUAGGAGGGCUGUGCCGCACCUGUGAGGUGUUUGGAGCUGCGGCACUCGUGGUCGGCAGUCUUCAGUGUGUGGGCGACAGGCAGUUCCAGCACCUCAGUGUCUCUGCGGAGCAGUGGCUCCCUCUGCUGGAGGUGAGACCGGCGCAGCUGACAGAUUAUCUGCAGCAGAAAAAGGCGGAAGGCUACACUGUCAUCGGUGUGGAGCAGACAGCGCAGAGCUCAGACCUGGCCCAGUUCUGCUUCCCUGAGAAGUCGCUGCUCCUGUUGGGAAAUGAGCGGGAAGGGAUCCCAGCCGACCUGAUCCAGCAGCUGGACGUGUGUGUGGAGAUUCCUCAGCAGGGCAUCAUCCGCUCACUGAACGUGCACGUGAGCGGGGCUCUACUCAUCUGGGAGUACACCAGGCAGCAGCUGCUCGGGUGUGUGGGGCCUGCAUCCUGAGACUGAGCCUCGCCCACCAUCUCUCAUGGUGCUAAUGAUGGUGCCUUAUAACCUUCCGGACGGAUGAAAUAUUCUGAGAUGUCACAGGAUUAUCUGCAUCUCUCUAACCUUGCACCUCAAUGCCAAAACCUGUUUAUGUGCCUUAAAGUCUGUUACUGUAUAUUGUCCCCUAAAUCAAAUGACCUUUUUAAAUAUUUUAAGCAACUAUGGAACUCUUUAAAAAAUGAAUUUUUAAAAAUGUUCUUCCUAGAAACCAGUAUUGUCAGGGUGGCUGUGCUAACGGUGUGGAAGAAUUAAAGUUGUUACUUAUGGGCACCUGCGCAAAAUGUGAAUCUGCUCUCCAGUGAAGUUCUUUGU